GCUGGAUCCCGCCCUCCUUCCGUCCCGCGUUCGCCCCCUCCUGCUGCGGCGGCGAGCCGAGCCCCGGCGAAGAUGGCGAAGACUUACGACUAUCUGUUCAAGCUGCUGCUGAUCGGGGACUCGGGCGUGGGCAAGACCUGCCUGCUCUUCCGCUUCAGCGAGGACGCCUUCAACACCACUUUCAUCUCCACCAUCGGAAUCGACUUUAAAAUCAGAACAAUAGAAUUAGAUGGAAAGAAAAUCAAGCUACAAAUAUGGGAUACAGCAGGCCAGGAGAGAUUCCGCACAAUCACAACAGCUUACUACAGAGGAGCCAUGGGAAUUAUGCUAGUGUAUGACAUCACAAAUGAGAAGUCUUUUGACAACAUAAAAAAUUGGAUAAGAAACAUAGAGGAGCAUGCCUCUUCAGAUGUAGAAAGAAUGAUCUUGGGUAACAAAUGUGAUAUGAAUGAAAAAAGACAAGUCUCGAAAGAAAAAGGGGAGAAGUUAGCAAUUGAUUAUGGAAUCAAAUUUUUGGAGACAAGUGCAAAAUCCAGCAUAAAUGUGGAAGAGGCGUUUUUCACACUUGCACGAGACAUUAUGACAAAGCUCAACAGAAAAAUGAAUGACAGCAGUUCAUCAGGGGCAGGUGGGCCAGUAAAAAUAACAGAAAAUCGAUCUAAGAAGAGCAGCUUCUUUCGAUGCACGCUACUUUGAUGAACUUCUAAUGAUAAGACUGCAGCACACUUAGAACCUUUUCUGCUUCUUUGAAAGCACAGGGUCACAAAGCCUCAGAAAUAAUACCACCAAGCUGCUGCUGAGAGCUUCAUUGAACGUAGACUGCGAUACACAAAUACCAAGUGGAUUUUGCUCACUAAGCUUAUUGACCUGUCAGGCUCUUCUUUCUCAGAUAUGGAAGCUAUGAAGUGGAGACACAAAUGCAAGAUUUAACUUGUUUUCCUUUUUUACUUUCUGUUUUAUUGCCUGUUGCAAAAGCUGCUGUUUCUUUUAACUUUGCACAUCCAUAUUGGCCUCUUACUGCCUGUUACAGCACAAUCUUACAUUUGUAUUUGCACAGUUUGACUUGUAAGUAAGAUUAUUAACAGAUUUGUGCACAAUUUUCUUUCUCUUUUUAAACAAAUUUAUCUUCAAGCAGAAGAGCCAGGGGAAAAAUUAAGUCUCAUUUCCAUUAUUUCCUAUGCUGUGUACUCAUGGCCAUGCAGUAUGGAUGUUGUUGCUCUAGUGAUGAGAAUUACUGUAAUAAUUGGCAUUUAACAAUUUGUACAGGUUUUGUAUCUUAGAUGCACAAAUCUGUUUAUGCAGAAGCUAUGGCUUCUAUUCUGAAUGUAGUACUUUGCUUUUCUUUCUUUACCAGACUUAGCAAAGUUGUGUUCUGAAUUGCCAGUCACUGUCUGAUUCACAGAUGCACCUUUCAGUUAUUUGAAUAAACAGUGUCUUUCCUCACUUAACUUCCCUUUGUUAGCUCAGACUGUGUGCUCCUUUUUUUUGUUUCUUGUGAGGAAGCAUACUCUGGAUUUGAAAUCCAUAACCACAAAUUGGCCUCAUCGCUAUCACUUAAGUGGCUUGUGGAAGCUGAAUGCAUGAGUUUUGAGUAACCUCUUUGUGGAUUCACUUGUUCAGAAAUGACUGCUACUAAAGGUGACUUUCAUUUCUACUCAAUUCUAAGGAUAGUUCGUUAAUGUCUGUAAGCAUUGGCACUAAGGAAGCCUCACAUUAGGGUUAAAAUGUACUCCUAGUUAUGCAGUAAAUGCUGAAUGUGUGUCUUUGGUCUGCUUGAGCAGUUGUUUUUUCAUCAGAAUCUGGUACAGUGACCUAGACUGUUAGAAGCAGAGGUGAAACAUAGUUGCCUUUUUUACUCAACUGAGCAUUGUAUAACUUAGUCUUUGUUCUACUACUUUUUUAUUGUCUUCUGAAAAAUUUCCUCAAUGAGCAAUUAAAAGGUGCUUUAGUUUUGUUGGUGUGCCAAAUGUGGACCAUUGUAAGCUUUAACUACAAGUUUGUGUCCAGCAUGUUUGCUGUUAGGGGAUGGGUGUGUUCUGUCAUUGUCAAAGGAAACAUCUGACGUGCUUGCUUUUGCUUUGCUUCGUUGUCUGGAGUUGUAAACAGUGAAUUAGUUGUUAGCACAGAUAACCAUUUUAUUGUGUCAGGUACUGAAUUUGUCAUCUAUGGCUCUGUUCAAAACAGCUUGAAAGUGAACAGGCCAGUAGUGUUAGUUGUAAAGCUUUUGAUUUUAAAAGGUUUAACCUUAGUAGCUGGUUCCAUCAGGUUUUUGGUGGUUAUCAGCCUGUCCCCACAUGUAGUUUAAUGGAAGUAGUUCUAGAUGGUGGAUCUCAUAAACUGCUGUUGCUGCACUAGAACGGAGAAACCUUCAUGGCAACAAGGUUUAGUGAAAAAACAAAGCAACCCUAACUGCUCUGUUGUAUACCCUUUACUGCUUUUCUUGGACAGGCUUAAGCAGUUACGUUUUCUGUAUGGUAAAAAAAAAGUGCUUCUAUACAGAAAGUGUUGUGACACCAAUUAUGAAUGUUGUUUAUUUUCAGUAAUUUACCUCUGACUUAUUUGGUGUCGUAAUACUUUGAUUUUUAUCUCAGGGGUUGUCUGCAAACCAAAACUGACAUGUUCUGUGUUUGGCACUGUUUACAGAAUGCUUUUUAUUUUUUUUCCUGUCUUCACUGUGUGGUUAAAUGUUCAUUCAAUAUUAGUCUCCAUGAACUUCCCUUUGAAAGAGCCUGUAAGUAGUAGAGUCUAUGAAGUGCUUCUUGAAGCAGCAGCGAAUUGGGGUAUCUGCUCUG